AUGCUUGUCAUGUUUGAUGUGGAAAUGUGGACACUAUAUCAAAGAAUAAUGGGGGGUGUAGAGCAACCGUGUUACACUCUUAUCAACUUUCCUACAGAUUCAGAGCCCCAUAAUGAAAUGCAACUUAAGCUUGAUCUUGAAAAGGGGGACAUUAAAAAGAAGAUUGAGGCUCUAAAGAAAACAAUUAGCAUUAUACUCUCUGGUGAGAAGAUUCCUGGCCUCUUGAUGAUUAUUAUCAGAUUUGUGCUGCCAUUGCAAGACCAUACUAUUAAAAAACUUUUGCUAAUCUUCUGGGAAAUUGUGCCCAAGACAACUGCUGAUGGCAAGCUGAUGCAAGAGAUGAUCCUUGUCUGUGAUGCAUAUAGAAAGGACUUGCAACAUCCAAAUGAAUUCAUCCGUGGUUCUACUCUACGGUUCCUAUGCAAGCUGAAGGAGCCCGAACUAUUGGAGCCCCUAAUGCCAGCAAUUCGGGCAUGUUUGGAACAUCGUCACUCUUAUGUUAGGAGGAAUGCUGUGCUUGCAAUAUUUACUAUUUAUCGUAACUUCGAUUUCCUGAUCCCCGACGCGCCGGAGCUGAUCGCCACGUUCCUGGAGGGCGAGCAGGACAUGUCGUGCAAGCGCAACGCGUUCCUCAUGCUGCUGCACGCGGAGCAGGAGCGCGCGCUGGCCUACCUCGCCGACCGCCUCGACCACGUGCACGGCUUCGGGGACAUCCUGCAGCUGGUCAUUGUGGAGCUCAUAUAUAAGGUGUGCCACGCGAACCCGUCGGAGCGGUCGCGGUUCAUCCGCACGGUGUACGGGCUGCUCAACGCGCCCAGCGCCGCCGUGCGCUACGAGGCCGCCGGCACGCUCGUCACGCUCUCCUGCGCGCCCGCCGCCAUCAAGGCAGCAGCGGCGUGCUACAUCGACCUCAUAGUGAAGGAGAGCGACAACAACGUGAAGCUGAUCGUGGUGGGCAAGCUGAGCGCGCUGCGCGCGGCCAGCGGCGAGGCGGGCGCGCGCGCGCUGCCCGAGCUGGCCAUGGACGUGCUGCGCGUGCUGGCCGCCAGCGACCUGGACGUGCGGCGCCACACGCUGCAGCUGGCGCUGGAGCUGGCGGCGCCGCGCCACGCGCACGACCUGGUGGCCGCGCUGCGCAAGGAGGCGGCGCGCGCGCACCUCGCCGACCACGACGACGCCGCCAAGUACCGGCAGCUGCUCGUGCGCGCCAUGCACCGCGCCGCCGUCAAGUUCCCGGAGGUGGCGGGCGCGGUGGCGCCGGCGCUGCUGGAGCUGCUGGGCGACGGCGCGGCGCCGCACGCGCACGACGUGCUGCUGUUCCUGCGCCACGCGCUGCACCGCCACGCCGACCUGCGCCCGGAGAUAUACGCGAAGCUGCUGGAGUGCGUGGGGCAGGUGCGCGCGGGCAAGGCGGCGCGCGCGGCGCUGUGGCUGCUGGCGGAGUUCGCGGAGGACGCGGCCGGCGCCGCCGCCGCGCUCGACGCGCUCGCGCCCGCGCUGCCCUCCGACCGCCGCGAUGACGAGGAGUCCCCGGAGAGCGCGGCCAAGGACAAGGACAAGGAGGCGCCGGCGCGCCAGCUCGUGACCAGCGACGGCGCCUACGCCACGCAGUCCGCCUUCAACUUGCCCAAGAUGGGCGCGGAGGGCGGAGCGGGCGCGGGUGCGGGCGCGGGCGGUCUGGCGGGCGCGCUGCGCGAGGGCGACGGCUACACGGCGGCCUGCGCGUGCUCGGCGCUGGCCAAGCUGGCGCUGCGCGGCGCGCCGGCGCUCGCCAACCGCGCGCUGCACUACGCCGCCGCGCUGCUCGCAUACUGCAAGCACUCUAAAGAGGGCAGCGGGCUGACGGCAUUCGCUCCUUUGCUUAUUUUCUAUAAAGAAAAAUGUAACAUUCUUCGUGCGGUAGAGGGCAGCGGUCUGACGGCGGACGACCUGGAGCACGCGGCGACGUGGCUGCGCGCGGCCGCGUCGCGCGUGCCGGCGGCGCGCGCGCUGCUGGCGCACUCGCGCGCCGCGCUGGCCGCGCUGCUGGCGCUGCCCGAGCGCGCGGCGCCCGAGCUGCUGGCCGAGGCGGAGCGCGCCGAGCGGCCGGCGGAGCGCGCGCGCGCCGUGCCCGUGGAGCGCGGCAUCGCCUUCGCCGCGCUGGCCGGCGCCGCCGCCGCGCCGCGCCAGGACGCCUUCGAGCUGUCCCUGGAGCGCGCGCUCGAGGGUAAUCAUUAUGACUCUUCUUUCGCCCACUGGCGCGCGGGCGCGGGCGGCGGCGGCGCGGGCGCGCGCAAAGUGACGCAGCUGACGGGGUUCUCGGACCCGGUGUACGCGGAGGCGCUGGUGACGGUGGCGCAGUACGACAUCGCGCUGGACGUGCUGGUGGUGAACCAGACGGACGACACGCUGCAGGCCUGCACGCUGGAGCUGGCCACGCUGGGCGAGCUGCGCCUGGUGGAGCGCCCGGCCGGCGUGGUGCUCGCGCCGCGCGACUUCGCCACCAUCCGCGCGCACGUCAAGGUCGCCUCCACCGAGAACGGCAUCAUAUUCGGCAAUAUUGUGUACGAGGUGUCGGGCGCGUCGAUGGACCGCGGCGUGGUGGUGCUCAACGACAUACACAUCGACAUCGUGGACUACAUCCAGCCCGCCGCCUGCAGCGACGCCGACUUCCGCCACAUGUGGGCCGAGUUCGAGUGGGAGAACAAGGUGUCGGUGAACACCAACAUCACGGACCUGCGCGAGUACCUGCAGCACCUGCUCGCCUCCACCAACAUGAAGUGCCUCACGCCGGAUAAGGCGCUGUCCGGGCAGUGCGGGUUCAUGGCGGCCAACCUGUACGCGCGCAGCAUCUUCGGCGAGGACGCGCUCGCCAACCUCAGCAUCGAGACGCCGCUGCAGCGCGCCGGCGCGCCCGUGCUCGGACACGUGCGCAUCCGCGCCAAGACGCAGGGCAUGGCGCUGAGCCUGGGCGACAAGAUCAACAUGAUGCACAAGGCGCCGCCGCGCGCGCCCGCUGCCGCCGCCGCCGCCGGGCCCGCCGCG